AAAGCUGGGGGAGUUACUGCAGAAGAUCUCCACUGCCAGAGUCCCUAGUGUGGAAUGGGGUAUCAGCCAGAGUCCCAAGAAGGCCACAGGUGAGGUCCUGGCCUUGGGGCCUCAGCUUCUGACCUAGGAGCCCAGCUAGGUAGCUUCAAGAAGUGUCUGGGCGGGGGGUAGAGGGGGUGGGGGGGUGUGCUGGUCCUGCCCCUGUACAACAAGCUAGUAAUCUUAGGGAACAAAGGAACUGCUCAGAGCCUGGCAUGGAUUGGAGGCCACCCUGGGCCACAUAAUGAGUUCAAGGCCAGCCUGAAUUAGAGUGAGAUCCUGUCUCAAAAAAAGGGAACAGCUCAGGAGGGGACUCUAGGCCCUAGGCCUCACCUGUCCAUGCAGCCUGAGGUCCACAAGCCAACAAAGGCAUGGAGGGAAUGAAUGCUAUUCCUGGGGCAUUUCCUGGUGCAAUCCACCUACCCAGGUAUUCCACCAGGCCAGCUUGGCUGGCUCCCUUGACUCAGGGAUGGGCAGUGCCUGUUGUGUGACUGGGUAAGGGUGGAGGGUGGGGAAUUAGGGCAGAAGCCCAAAUAGGCAGGCCCAGGGAGCGUGAGUUCGGAAGGAGGUAGACACACACUCAUCAGCGCGCAGUGCCUAGACAGGCUCAGGGCAAACCUUCUCAAUUACACAGUCCCAGGCAUCCAGGAGGGCCCACCCCUACAAUGGUGGGCACCUGCAAAAGCACUUGAGAGGGAUGCCCCAAGCUCAGAGAUGGUGACAGCAUCUACCCACUGACACCUAUUCCCAGAUAUCUAGUUGGGUCACAAUAUAGAGACAUCAGCCCAGCUCCUGACCCUGCUGGCAUCUCUUAAGAACCAUCUACUUUGGGCUCAGGCAAGACAGGCUGAAUGUUAGGGUUCAGGGCCCUUCUCACUGACCUUGAUUUGCUCUCUCUGCCCUACAUAUGGUAAGAGCCAUAUCACAGACACUGGUUUCAGGCUGGCUGUUCACAUUCAGCAGCCUGAGCAGGAGGGGUCUGUGAUAAGCCCUUACCAGGAUGACUAUAUUCCCUGGCCACUCCUACCACAUGCUUACACAGGCACGCACACACACGCCAUCACAUCUGUUCAUGGGCCUGGCUGUAGGUCCGCCCGGGGCCUGCUUCUAGGUCAAGCCUGCCUGGGCAGGACUUCCUGGGAGGAGCAGAUCUAUUCUGGGACAACAUGGCUGGUGGUGUGUGGGGCAGGGGCCGGAGCCUGGGAGCCCUAACUCUGGCAGCUGUAGCUGAAGGGAUUCGAGCCUGCCAGGCACAACCCCUGGAAGUUCCUUCCACCAGCCUUGGGCCCAAGCCCUGGGAACUUGAGCCUCAGGCUAAGACUCAGGUCUGGGCUGCCACCACUGCCUCUGGGAUUGAGCCUGGAAGUGGGGCCUCUGCCCCUGCAGCUGGCAAUGAGCCCUACUGCCAGCACAAUGCUCAGGAGGCAGUCCCAGAGGGACCCCAGCAGGUGAGUGGUAAGGCAUGGGACACUGGCGCCCUCACUGACCUGGCCAUGUACACGGCUACCUGCCUGGAGGAGGCUGGCUUUGCGGGGACCCAAGCCACAGCACUCACCUUGUCGUCAGCCCUGGAGGCCAGGGGGGAGAAGCUGGAAGACCAGGUGCAUGCCUUGGUGCGCGGGCUGCUGGCACAGGUGCCCAACCUGGCUGAAGGGCGGCCCCGGCGGGCGGCUUUGCGAGUUCUUAGUGCAUUGGCUCUAGAGCACGCGCAGGACGUGGUGCGUGCACUACUGCCGCGCUCCCUGCCCCCGGAUCGAGCAGCAGCUGAGCUGUGGCGUAGCCUAAGUCGGAACCACCACGUAAACGGGCAGGUGCUGGUGCAACUGUUAUGGGCACUGAAGGGGGCUUCUGGGCCUGAACCCCAGGCACUAGCGGCCACACGUGCCCUUGGGGAGAUGCUGGCUGUAUCAGGCUGUGUGGGAGCCACACGUGGCUUCUACCCACACCUACUGCUUGCAUUGGUCACACAGCUACAUGAGCUGGCUCGUGGUGGAUGCUUUCCUGACAGUCCUAAGGUUUGGGUCCUGUCCCACAGAGGGCCACCACACAGCCAUGCCAGCAGCACUGUGGAGGCCUUGAAGGCCCUGCUCACAGGGGAUGGUGGCCGGAUGGUGGUCACGUGCAUGGAGCAGGCAGGAGGCUGGAGGAGACUAGUAGGAACCCACACCCACUUGGAGGGUGUGCUGCUGCUGGCCAGUGCCAUGGUGGCACACGCAGACCACCACCUGAGAGGCCUCUUCGCAGACUUGCUUCCCCGGCUGCGCAGCGCUGAUCUCCCACAGCGUCUUACAGCUAUGGCUUUCUUCACUGGGCUGCUACAGAGCCGGGCCACUGCACGGCUCCUGCAGGAAGACAUCAUCUUGAAGUGGCUUUGCACCUGGCAGCGUGACCCUGAGUCCACAGUGCGCUGGCUGGGUCUGCUAGGCCUCAGACACCUGGCCCUAAAUUGUGGGAAGGUACGGCACAUGAGCACUCUGCUGCCUGCGCUGCUGGGCGCACUGGGUGAGGGUGAUGUGCGGCUUGUGGGUACAGCACUGGGUGCACUGCGGAGGCUUCUGGUCCAGCCAGGUGUGCCACUGCGGCUCCUGAGCUCACACCUGAGGCCACGCCUCCCACCACUGCUUGAUGACGCUCGGGACUCAGUCCGUGCCUUGGCAAUUGGGCUCCUGGGUACGCUGGUGCGACAGGGCCGAGGCAGGCUCCGGAUGGGACUUCAUGGCCCUCUUCGGAAGCUGGUCCUGCAGAGUCUUGUGCCAUUGCUGUUGCGCCUGCAUGACCCUAGCCAAGACACUGCUGAGAGUUCAGAGUGGACCCUAGCCCGUUGUGAUGAGGCCCUUCGCUGGGGCCUGCUGGAGGAGAUGGUCACUGUGGCCCAUUACGACAGCCCAGAGGCUCUAAGCCGUGUUUGCCAUCGCCUGGUUCAGAGAUACCCAAGCCACAUCCCCUGCUUCCUGAGCCAGACCCAAGGCUACCUGAGGAGCCCACAGGAUCCCUUGCGUCUAGCUGCCACUGUGCUUCUAGGCUUCCUUGUCUACCAUUCGAGCCCUAGCCACGUCAACCAGGAUCUGCUGGACUCCCUAUUCCAGGACCUAGGGCAACUGCACAGUGACCCAGAACCCUCUGUUGCUGCGGCGGCACACGUGUCCACACAGCAGGUGGCGCUGCUGGCCAGCACACAGAGCCGACCAAGCCGAGGCCACCUCCUAUGCUUGAUCUCUGGAAACAGCUGCCCAGCCAGGCCCACACCGUGCUAUGCUGACAGCCCAUUCCAGCGCCGGAGUCUUGAGGGCCGAUGGGGCUGCAAUGGACCCUGUUCACCUGGCCCAGUGCCUGGCUUCUAACACAGGCAUUGCAUCCUUGUGUUCACUGGUCCCGACAGCAAGAAACCUGUGGAACAGCUUCAAAUAAGGUCCCCUGAGCCUGGUGCUGGACACCAGGCCCUUGUCCUGGGACUGCCCUUUAAGACCAACAUAAUGCAGUGUGGAAGAGGGACAGACACCGUUUCAUCCUGAGCCUCUCACCUCUUGACCACUGGGUCUUUCUCCAUGUCACAACUGUUCUUCCUGCCCUCUGGAAAAACUUGGGCCUACACUGUGGCAUGCACCACCUCUGACCUCCCAAACCAGAAUCUAGUAGGGACACUGUGCUGCCAGAGAACCUGACCACUUCCUGGGCCUCUGCUUCCUGCCUAGCUUGGGCUAUCCCACCUGUGCAAGCCUUCCUCACCACCAGACAUCACUCCAUUAUUUAACUUGUCAGCUAUUCCUGACUGCUGUCUUGGGUCACAUCUCCUGAGCUUAAAAGGCAUUGACCUGCUCUGCUGUUCAUACCUGCUAGCCCCUUCUGUUGGUCACAUGAUCUCCCAUGCCUAAGUGUGAUCUUGUUUAGAAAACUGUUUUUUUACAUACCAGGAAUUGAACUCAGGAUCUCACUGCUUGCCCAGUAGGUACUCUACCACUGAGCUAAACUGGACCCUUGAAAGACUUCCUUGUUUCGAAUCCCUUCCUGCUGGACAGCAAAGGCUGGGAGUGGGGCGGGGGGUGAGGUAUGGGGUGGGGGCACCCCAUACCAGGCUGUGAGCAGGGGUGAUAGUACUCAGUACCUCGUACAGGGCUGAGUACAAACGAUGGGACUGGGCAGAUGGGAAGAGGCCCCUCUGAGAGCUGCCAAAGCUGUGACCUCAUUCCUUUGGGUGCUUGCCUGGGCAAGUCCCCUCACCCAGAAGGCCUGUGUUGAGGCAUAUGCUGAACUUUCCAGGCCUCAUUGUGAAGCGUUGGGCUGUUCCCUCAUACUGGGGGUCUUCAGGGGUAGGCAUGGGGUCCUGCUCACCUCAUCUCUCUUGUGCCACAUGGAAAUUUAAAAAAAUAAAAUAAUAUAUAAAUACCCAUA